CCAAAUUUGAUUUACAAAACAAACAGAGAGCUUCUAAGCUUGUGGGGAAAGGAAGAUCAAAUUCAUCCAGAGAAACUUUCUUCGACUUUCUUACUUAACGCGUCGAUAAAUGGCAAGCCUUUACAGAGGGGCCUCUAGGAAAGAAAAACCCAGAGGGAGACAUCAUGGGUUACCUACACAAAAGAGACAAGAGAUCAAGGAAGCGUUCGAGUUAUUCGACACCGAUGGCUCAGGCACCAUUGAUGCCAAGGAGCUCAAUGUUGCCAUGAGGGCUCUCGGUUUCGAGAUGACAGAAGAGCAAAUCACUCAAAUGAUUGCAGAUGUUGACAAGGAUGGCAGUGGUGCUAUUGACUUUGAUGAGUUUGUGCACAUGAUGACAGCCAAAAUUGGGGAACGGGACACAAAGGAGGAGCUCAUGAAAGCCUUCCAUCUCAUCGACCAAGAUAACAAUGGAAAGAUAUCUGCUGCAGACAUUAAAAAUAUUGCAAAGGAUCUGGGGGAGAACUUCAAUGAUAGAGAGAUCCAAGAGAUGAUUGAGGAAGCAGACCGAGAUCGUGAUGGAGAAGUUAAUGCUGAGGAGUUCAUCAGGAUGAUGAAGAGAACAGCAUAUGGGUUUUAGAACUGGAAAGGUUUUAGCCUUCUGCAGGAUGUUGAGAGCCUGAUCCGAUGCAGAAUUAUUAUGUAUUUUACAGCUAUAAGCAAACACCUUUCUUUGUUUCACUUUGACAUGCUUCUGUAGAAUGAUAAUCUUAGACACAACAUGGUGCCUAGUGUAGUGUGGUGGUGGUACAUGUCUGUAAAAUUUUAAAUAUUUGAAAGUAUGAAAAGUACCGUCAUGGUUGACGGUAUCGUUAUUAUUA